AGCACGCAGUCCUAUCUGAGCCUUGGCCUCCCUAUGUUCACUGUCUUUAAAAGGGUGACAAGGUAUGGAGAAAGGUUCUUCUUCAGAAUGAAGAAGGAGCCAUAGAGCUCAGCCAGGGGAUGAUCUCAAAAAUUAUCCGUUGGAAGAAGUGAGAGUUUUCCUCCUCUACAAACAAUUCCCUCGAAACGAUCCUAAUUGAGACAUACGAUACCAACAGGGUCUCGGUACAAAGAGCAGCCUUCCAAAUGUGCUUCCAGAAUGGAGGUGCUGUUUGCCCAACAUCCCAGCAUAUGGCCACUACUCCACAAACAGUUUUUUGGUUUCCUGGAGAUUAGCGAAGAUGGCCUGUGCCAGGUUUUAGAGCAUAUAGAGAUCACUCUGAAUGAGUCUGGCUUUCUCCUCGAAUUGGACAGCCCUCCAUCUGUUUUACUGACCCACAGGAGUAACAUUGGAGAACAGAGCCAAACUGCAUCUUCUGUUUUGGCCUUAACAAUAUUUACCAACUCGUGGGAAGUUCUUGGAGGGGGUCCCUUGCCAUCUUCUAAAAUGCUGCAACCUUCCUCUGACUGAGAAACUGCUCAUAAUUCUGGGGACUAGACGUCUAAGAUCAGGCGUCAGCAAGGUUAGUUUCUCAGAGACCUCAUUCAUUGGCUCUCCCUGUGUAGACGGCCAUCUUCUGUGUCUUCGCAUCAUCUUCCCUUUGUAUGUGUCUAAUUUAUUCUUCUCAUAAGGACACCAGUCAUACUAUAUUAGGGCCCAUCCUAAUGAUCUCAGUUCAACUUAAUUACCUCUUUAAAGACUCUUUUUUCCAAAUAAAGUCACCUUCUGAGUACUCGGGUUAAGACUUCAGCAUAGGAAUUUGGGAAUGACACAAAGCAGCCCACAACAGAAGGGGUCAAGUAAGAGGUUUUUAUCAGCCCCAGAAGGCUCUCUCUUCAACACUCAGGUCAGAAGGUCAAUUACACACAUACAUGUAGGAGGUGACAUGAUAAGAGUGUAGGAGUGGGGACACCACCUCCUCAGUGACCAGGUAGGUAUGCUACCCACCAUCUGCCAACAUCCUCAGGUAAGAUAAUAUCACACUUAAAUUCCAAUUCCCAGCUUAUUGGGAACCAGGCUAUUUUAAAUACCCCAUUCUGAAGCUUACCAGUUCAACUCUUAAAUCCCUGCAUUGCUGCAAAGCCUGCACAGCCCUUCAGAAGCCCACACAGGAGUCCUGGGAGAUUCUGGAAAGGCCAUGGAAAUGCUGGACCAGUCUAGCUUCCUACUGAAGACAUUAGGUUCCAGAGUUGCCCGUUGCUUUUUGCAAGUGGCUCCUGCUUUGGCAGAGUAGAGGGGAGAGAAACAGGGACCGCGCCCUAGUCUUUUUGUUGCCUGUUUCUGAGGCCUCCCUGACACUCAGGUGGCAAAAGUGAUGCUGAGGGUCCCAGGAUCUCCAGGCCUGUCCCUAUGUGGCAGUAAGAGCUUUUCUUUUUGGUUAAGUCAGGUGAGACUGAAACCUCUGCAGGUGAGACUGCAGCCCUCCCUCUGAAAGGACUGAUUUUAAAUGCCUUGGAACCAAGGCAAUUAACAUUGGAUCUAUACUUGGCGUUUAUAUCCUCUAUCGUGUCUGAGUUCUCAGCAGCAGGACUCUCAGGCUGUUUACCAGCCAUCACUCUAUGUGUGUACUAGCAAGUUCCUGGGGGUUACCAAGAUGAAUGAGAGUUUGUUCCUGAAGGUAAGGAACUUCUGGGCUGCAGAAAGUGGAAUAAAAAUGGACGUGGUGGAAGAGGAAGCUUUGGGUUGAAGGGUCUGGCCCCUUUUCAAGUGUACAUUACUCUAGCCUGCCUGGCCCUCAUGCUGGCUUUCCUUUCCCUCUUUUGUUCUCUACUCCAGUUGAAGCAGAAUUAACCACAUAUUGUCUGUGUGCUCAUGUGGCCCCCAUUAGCUUAUCAGGCCCUAUCUUGAAAACAAAGAAAGAAGCCAACAAAACAUAUAACUGUGAAAAUUUAGGUCUCACAGAAGUUCCUGAUGCUCUACCAAACACAACAGAAUUUUUAGAAUUUGGCUUUAAUUUCUUGCCUGUAAUUGAAAAUACAACUUUCACCAGACUCAUAGAUCUUAUGUUUUUGGACUUAACCAGGUGCCAAAUUAACUGGGUGCAUGAAGACACUUUUCAAUACCAGCAUCAGUUGAACACAAUUGUAUUGACUGGAAAUCCCCUGAUAUUCAUGGCAGAAACAGCAUUUAAUGGGCCCAAAUCGCUGAAGCAUCUUUCCUUAAUCCAAACAGGAAUAUCCAAUCUCGAGUUUAUCCCAGUGUAUAAUCUGGAACAACUGGAAAGUUUGCAUCUUGGAAGCAACCAUAUUUCCUCCAUUAAGUUCCCAGAGAACUUCCCAACACAGAAUUUGAAAGUCCUGGAUUUUCAGAAUAACGCUAUAUACUAUAUCUCGAGUGAAGACAUGAAUGCUCUGGAGAAGGCCACCAACCUAAGCCUUAAUUUCAAUGGCAAUGACAUUAAAGCCAUUGAGCCUGGAGCUUUCCAUUCAAAAAGCUUCCAAAGUUUGAAAUUUGGAGGGAUUCUUAACUUGUCUGUUAUAUUGAAAGGUCUACAGAACUCCACUACUCAGUCUCUCUGGCUGGGGACAUUCGAAGACUCUGAUGACCAAGACCUUACUCCAGCCAUGCUUGAGGGACUUUGUGAAAUGUCUGUGGAAAGCAUCAAUCUACAGAAGCACCAUUUCUCUAGAAUCUCAUCUACCACAUUUCGCUGCUUCACUCAACUUAAGGAAUUGGAUCUGACGGCAACUCACCUGAAAGCAUUGCCCUCCGGGAUUGAGGGUAUGAAUGCUCUCAAGAAAUUAGUUCUCAAUGUAAAUAAUUUUGACCAAUUGUGUCAGAUCAGUGCUGCCAGUUUUCCAUCCCUCACAGACCUCUCUAUCAAAGGCAACAUGAAAACACUUGACUUCGGUGCUGGGUGUUUGGAAAAACUAGAAAAUCUUCAGAAACUUGAUUUAAGCCACAAUGAUAUAGAAGCUUCCGACUGCUGCAAUCUGCAACUCAAAAACCUGCCCCACUUACAAUACCUAAACCUGAGCUACAAUGAGCCUCUUGGUCUUCAGAGUCAGGCAUUCAAAGAAUGUCCUCAGUUAGAACAUCUAGAUUUGGCAUUUACCCACUUGCGCAUUAAGGCUCCACAAAGUCCUUUUCAAAACCUCCGUCUCCUACAGGUUCUGAAUCUUUCUCACUGUCUCCUGGAUACCAGCAAUCAGCACCUUCUAGCAGGCCUGGUGGAUCUCCGCCAUCUAAAUUUACAGGGGAAUCACUUUCAAGAUAGGCGCAUCUCAAAGACCAACCUACUUCAGCCCUUGAACAGCUUGGAGAUUCUUAGUUUAUCCUCCUGUGACCUCCUUUCCAUAGACAAGCAAGCAUUCCAGAGCCUUGGAAAAAUGAGUCACGUAGACUUAAGCUACAACAGCCUGACGGGCGAUAGCAUCGAUGCUCUUAGCCAUCUUCAGGGGAUCUACCUCAAUCUGGCCGUCAACAGCAUCCACGCCAUCCCACCUCUUCUCCUCCACACCCUGUCCCAGCAGAACACCAUUAACUUAAGCCACAAUCCCCUGGACUGCACUUGUUCGAACAUACAUUUUAUAACAUGGUACAAAGAAAACCUGCAGAAAAUUGAGGGUGUGGAGGAAACCAUGUGUGCAAACCCUCCAUCUUUAAGGGGAGUUAAACUGUAUGAUGUCGAACUGUCCUGUGGGAUUACGGCUGUGGGCAUUUUCUUUCUUAUAGUAUUUUUACUCUUCAUUGCCAUUCUGCUCGUGUUUUCAGUUAAAUUCCUCCUCAGGUGGAAAUACGAGCACAUUUAGUGCUGAAGCUUUCUGGAGAUGGCAAAUGAAUGUGUUUAGGGAAACUGCCCCAAGUAAACGAACUGUUGUCUGUUGUUGGCUGUCAGAAUUUUCAGAUUGGUUCCUGCAGCUGGACAGGACUUGCUGUGCUUUUCUGAGUCCCAGAGCUAAUGAACCUUCCUGGAAUGUAAACUGACUAGGACCAGGGGACCAAACAACAGCUGUGAGAGACACAGAGCCAUUUGCUCACAUGAGAGGUGGUUGGAGGACCCGUGGCAGGGAAAGGCCAGGAGAGGAAUGUUCGAGGAGGUGAUCUUCCUUCCACUCGUGGACACUUCCUGAAGCAGCGCCUACCCUGACCCUAAAAGGAGACCAACAACCACAACUUGGCGGCACUGGUGACCCCAGUCCAAACUCUGUCUCCUGCGGCUUCGGCAUCGUGCUUGGCUCUGAGUCCUCAGUAAGACAGUCAUUUGAGAAACUUGUUGAGGAUAAAGUCUCAAUGCUUUUUUUUUUAAUGAAAAAGGGAAUACACAAGGGAAUUUACAAGAAGAGGCUGAGAAAUGAAUCGUGACAUCAAAUCAACUUCAUUUAUCUCCUUAAUUCUAAGUCUCUAAGGUCUCUACAAUUCCACUAGGGUGUAAAUAGGUACAAAAAAACCAAAAGAAAACAAAAUAAAACAAACAAAAAAGAAAAACCAAAAAGCAAAAACCACCCCACCAGUCCCCCAACCCCCAAUCUAGGAUUUUUGCUACAUUGGCCACUCUCACUUCAGAACCACGGAAGUUUCCUACCGAUCUUGUGUGCUUGGUCUUAUAUUACAAAUCCUACCUUACACACGGCUGUGGCCCAAAUGCUCUUCUCAUUUGAAUGUCUGGUCCUUAGAAGCUUUUUUCCCACAGGAACUAUGAGAUAAAUGGUGGUUUGGUUCCCAGGGCAUCUCUCAAAAGUCUAUUCACCUGGGAUAGCAGUCGAGCUAGUGCAUUUGCAAUGAAAACCAGUGGAAGAAAGCAUCACUGUGCUCUAGCUGUCCACAACACAAUACUCUGGCUCAGUGAGUUUCUGUUGAGUCUGGGGGUGUCAGCAAUGAUUGUACCAGUGGAAAAGAUUAGACAGGACCAUUGAAUGUAGAGAGAGAGAGAAAGGACAGAGAAGUGGAAAGUGUUAGGAUUUAGGCCUUGCAAGACCCAAAGGGUCCACUCCUAGGCUUGAUUUUCUGUGGUCUGGAAUGGUGGACAAGAGCUGAAAUCUCUUGUACUCAGGGUGUUGCAUUCAUAGGACUUUAAGUUCUGUAACAAAUUUUAGGUUAGAGGUGGUAACUCGAGUUAUGGAAAUCUGAUUGGAAUAUCAAAAUAAAAUUAACUUUCAUAUCCAAUCAGAAUUUAUUAGCCCUUAUGUUGGGGGUCUAACAGUGGGACAUAUUAACAGAGUGGAAACUUGGGAACCAACCUCUCUUUACCGCUAUAUCCCCCAAGAAUGGCAAAAAAGACAGGAAAUAGUGAAGAAAUGCCAUAAACCUCUCCUGCAGUUGCUCUGCUUGUCUCGUAGUCUUGGGGGAUUUUUGGGGGGUAGUACUAGGUGGGAGGCCAAGUUUUCCCAGAAAAUCUUGGUUAACAACACACGGUAAAGGGACAGAGGUGCUUGCCUUGGGCACAGAAUCUAAGGGGGAACCAAAAAACCUCAGUAAUCAAGACAAAAAUAAUUUAAUGCAAUAUUUAAAAACUUUUGAUUAAUGAAAAAAAUCUGUAAUAAAACAACAAAAUUUUUAAAAACGGCAUCCAAAAUAGUCCCAUGCUGAACCAUGUUAGGGCCUGAGGCAAAAGGAAAAAUCAUUAAUACAGAUCCUGCCUCUGUUUAAAAUUUUGGUAUUUUGUUCAUGGUUGAUAUUUUGCAUUAGUCUUUUUAAAUUUAAUAUUGCAUUAAAAUACUAUCUCAUUACUGA